AUGUCAUCACUCAACAUCCUGGACACCGCACCGGAGCAGGCGCAAACAGAGCCUACUCCGCAAACAACCUUCGAACCUGACCUGUUCAUGGAUGGAUACGUCUCCUGCUGUCUAUCCGCAGGGUCUGCCGAACAGUUUUUCCGCUCGUUGACCGGAACAUCACAGAGUCAAGUCCCAGUCCCAGUUGAGUACGACAGGUCGACGAAGUCAUUCCGGACCAUGGAUCCACAGACAAGAGGACAGCCCGUUGACAUGCUAGUUUCGUACAAGCGCGGCCUAGUUAUUCCUCAGGCCAUACCUCCGAUCUUGGAGUCGAAGCCGAGUUUUGGUAAAACGCACCCCAUAUUCUUUCUAACGAAAGGCCUGCGCGACGUAGGAGUGCUCGCACAAGAUCUAGUUCUAGAGAGUUGCCCCACUCUCGAACAACCUGAUUCUGAAGUCAAUUUAGGCUCGCGAGGUGGCCACCUGAUCACCAUCAGUGCAAGUGACCUUUCAUCUCCCAGAAUAAAAUCUUUCAAUAUUGAAGUUAUCACCUCGCAGUGGCCAGGCUAUCGUAAUUGGGCAUCAACCCUCUUCAAAAAGGAUGCCGAACCAGUCUCCAUGAGAAGAUUGGCUUACUUAGUAGGCCACGCAAUUCGGCUCUUUUUAGAGCACUCCCCGUUCACAUCUUGCACCGAGCCUACAUUGGACAUCGUCUCUAAUAAUAUCACAAUGAAAGAUGUUUUACUUAUCGGGCUCGUACAGAUACAUGCCACGCCUAGCAUUUGGAUGCCUAUUCUUCAGCUUUUGCGGUCUGAAGGAAGGCCGUGGUUAUACGCUCACUAA